AGUCAUAAAACUGUUUCUUAAAAACAGUAUUAUGCUUAUAGAAUGAUGGAGAGACAUCAUAUCUACAAUCAUUUACAUAAUUAUAGAAAACUUAUUAAUAAAUAUUGGGUUGAUAUGUAUGCCAAAAUAGAAUCAGAACGGCUUUUAUUUAUACGAAAUAAUCAGUCAAAAUUAAGAGCGGAAGAUUACAUUCAUUUACGUGAUGCUAUAGAAAAUGACGGUCAUGUGAAUGACAUUGGACAACUUUAUAUUUUACCUUCUUCAUUUACAGGAGGUCCAAGAUACAUGCACGAAAAAACUAUGGAUGCCAUGACUUACGUUCGUAAUUUUGGAACUCCAAAUUUGUUCAUUACAUUUACAUGUAAUCCAAAUUGGACGGAUAUAAAAAGAGAACUCAAACAUGGUCAAACCCCACAAGACAGACACGAUAUUAUCGCUAGAGUUUUUCAUCAAAAAAUUAAAGUUCUAAUGAACUUAAUUGUGAAACAUCGUAUAUUUGGUGAAACGCAGUGUUAUAUGUAUACUGUUGAGUGGCAAAAACGUGGUCUUCCUCAUGUUCAUUUACUGGUUUGGUUAGUUGAUAAAAUUAGACCAAAUGAUGUCGAUAGUAUAAUAAGUGCUGAGUUACCAAAUCCCGAUAUUGAUCCUGAACUAUUUGAAAUAGUUAAAAAACACAUGGUGCAUGGCCCACGUGGCUAUAUGAAUCCAAAUUCUCCAUGUAUGGGAGAAAACCAAAAAUGUUCAAAAAGGUAUCCGAAAGCAUUUACUAACAGUACUAUUACUGAAGAUGAUGGAUAUCCUUUAUACAGACGAAGGGCUUUUGGUAGUGGUGGAUUUUACUACUUAUAGUAAGUUUUUUUGCUGUUUCAAUAUUAUGGCCGGUGUGGUAAAUAUUCGAGACAUCGAUCAGUCAUUGGGAUCAAGUUUUCAGAUUAAAGCACGUGUUUUAAAAGUUCACGAGUUACGUACCUUCAAAAAUAAUACAGGAAAACUUUUUUGUGUGGAUAUAUUUGAUGCUACGGGAGAAAUACGUCUCACCGCUUUUAAUAACGAUGCCGAAAAUGUGUGCUCAAUUUUCAAGAAAGACCAGAUUUUUAGCAUAGUAAAUGGAAAAAUUAACAAAGCUAAUAAAUUAUACAAUCGCCUUAAUCAUAAUUAUAAAAUUAUAAUGGGACCUAUGACAAUUAUUACUCAAAUAGAAGAUACAUCGGAUGUAGUUCCAACACACGUCACUCUUAUGACGUUUGAUAGUAUUAUAUCAUUAAAUAAUGAUGCGAUGGUUGACACUAUUGGAGUAAUAAUUCGCAUAGAAGACAUAGUAGACAUUGUGAAGCCAAAAAAAAAAAGUUAAAACUACGAGAUGUUAUAAUAGCAGAUAAUACUGGAAUCGAGAUUACACUUACGCUAUGGAACGAAGAAGCUUCUGUAUUUAGUGGAAAAAUAGAAGACGUUCUUUCAGUUGAGAAGGGUAAAUUAGUUGUUAAUAAAAAAGGUAAAAAAAUAUCUGUAACGCAGUCUACUGUUAUACAAAUUAACCCUAAUUGGCCUGAAAAAGAAGUGUUAAAAGAAUGGUAUAAAAAGGAGGGCCAAUAUCAAGUCAAUAGAAUGGAUUCAACACAAUCAUCGUCAAUCGAUAACACUACGUUAAAUCAAUCAGAUAACGCAUAUUUAACAUCAGUAGAUGAUAAGAUUUUUUCACACAUAGUGAAAGACGAAAAGUCUACGAAACGUCGUUUAGACGAGAUAUACGUCCUCCAAGAACAGCUGCAAAGUGAAAUUACUGAACUUACAUUUAAAAAAAUUAGAUUAAAUCUCGAACGUCAAGCGGUAGAGAAUAGGAUUAUUAAUAGAAGACAAAAAGACAUUGAUUAUUAAUUUUAUUAUUGUCUAUAUUUUUAAUUUGAUUGUAUAUUAUGUAUUUAUUAUUGUUAUUAUUAUUAAUUAUUGCAUUUGUUUGCACUUGCAUUUUUCCAUUUGAAAUAUAU